AUGAACUACGUGGGGCAGCUUGCCGAGACCGUCUUUGUCACAGUGAAGGAGCUGUACCGGGGUCUGAACCCCACCGCCCUGACGGGCUGCAUCGAUGUGGUCGUGGUGAGGCAGCCUGAUAACUCCUUCCAGUGCUCCCCGUUUCACGUGCGCUUUGGAAAGCUGGGUGUGCUGCACUCCAAGGAGAAGGUGGUUGACAUUGAAAUCAAUGGGGAGCCUGUGGACCUGCACAUGAAGCUGGGUGACAACGGAGAGGCCUUCUUUGUCCAGGAGUCAGAGGAAAAUGAGGGCAGCAUCCUCUCCCACCUCUGCACGUCCCCCAUCCCCACGGAGGAGAGCCCAGAGGAUGCUGCUCAGCCCUCUCAUGGACAGGAGACCUCCAGUGCUGAAGCGACCCUGCACAAGAGAAGGCGACGCAGAAGGAAGCCCAAGCGGCAGGAGGUGUUGGACUCUGAGUUAGAAGGCUGCGAGGAGACCAAAAGCGAGGUGUCUAUGGAGGAGCCAUGCAAGCUGCCAGCCCCCAGUGAUUCAGUGUAUUUCUCCUUCGCUGAUCUCCCUGAGGAAGAAACCAGGUUGUUGCAGUCCCCAGAGAUGCACCCUUACUCUGACGGGGAGCUGGCCUCCGUGGACAGCCCCACCUUGAGCCAUCCAUCUUCUCCCAAAAGUGACUCUGAGCUGGAGAUCAGACCGCAGGAGAGUUUUGCUCUAGGGGCUGAAUCCCAUGUGCAGUGGACCUGGGGCAGGCUCCCUCAGGAUGAGAAUGGCCUCUCCAGGCUGAAGGACAUCCCCAGUGCCGUGGGGGCAGAGAGCUUGUUGGAGGCCUCCUCAGCACCACAAGAGAAACAGGAGGGAGGCAGGAGUGUUGUGCCAGAGGUUCAGCCAGAUGUGGAGCCCUUUGAGGGAGCUGCUGCUCUGAGGCAGGUGGGCUUGGAGGGCCCCAAGCCCCAGCUGGAAAACCAGAGGAGACAAGGAUCCAUCAAAAGAAGUCCUCACUUGGGUCCCAGUGAUGUUUACCUGGAAGACCUCUCCAACCUGGAUGAAGGGCAGGUGGCUCUCUAUUUCCCCAGGAGUGACACAGAGCAGAGUUCAAAGUCUGUGGCAGACCCCAGCGACCCUCUGUGUGUCCAGCUGCCAUCCAACUUGCCCACUGAGAGCCCCACGGACUCCGACUCUGAUUUGAUGCCUGCAAUUGCCCUGUCGCUGUGCGGGGGGCUGGGGGGCAGCAGGCAGAUCUCUCGCGAGAAGUUCAUGGAGCACAUGGUCUCCUACCAGCAGUUUUCUGAGAAUCCAGGACUCAUCGAUGACCCGAACCUGGUGAUACUGAUCAACAAGAAGUAUUACAGCUGGGCAGUGGCUGCUCCCAUGGUCCUGUCCUUGCAGGCUUUCCAGAGGAACAUUCCUGAGAGCACCAUUGACCAACUGGUGAAGGAGAAGAUGCCCAAGAAAGGCAGCAGGUGGUGGUUCUCCUGGAGGAGGAAAGAAUUCCCGUCAGAGGAGCAGUCAAGGCCAGGGAAAGCCAACGUGGGGAUGCUGCAGCCUGACUCUGCUCAGCAGAGUAAAGCCAACAUGCUAUUCCCUUCUUUGUAUAGGCAGCAGGAAGAGCAGUCAUCCAGUGAUGAUGAGCCCCUGCACCCUGGGGACACGCUGGCAAUGGAUGCCCCUGCACGGAAAUCUCUGCCAACGUACAAGAAAUCCUUGCGUCUCUCCUCUGAACAAAUUGGAAGGCUGAAUCUGCAGGAUGGCCCCAACGAGGUAGCAUUCAGCGUGACAACUCAGUACCAGGGCACGUGCCGCUGUGAGGCCACCAUCUACCUGUGGAACUGGGACGACAAGGUGGUGAUCUCGGACAUCGAUGGCACCAUCACCAAGUCAGACGCUCUUGGGCACAUCUUGCCGCAUCUGGGAAAAGACUGGACUCAUCAUGGGAUUGCUAAGCUCUUCCACAAAAUCCACCUGAAUGGCUACAAGUUCCUCUACUGCUCAGCCAGAGCGAUCGGCAUGGCACACAUCACCAAAGGCUAUCUCAAAUGGGUCAAUGAGCAAGGCUGUGCCCUCCCCAAGGGCCCCAUCCUGCUCGCCCCCAGCAGCCUCUUCUCCGCCUUCCACAGGGAGGUGAUUGAGAAGAAGCCAGAGGUGUUCAAGAUCGCCUGCUUGAUGGACAUCCAAAACCUCUUUGCCACGAAGCUGCCCUUCUACGCAGCCUUCGGGAACAGAGCCAACGAUGUCUACGCUUACAAGCAAGUGGGCCUGCCGGAGAGUCGCAUCUUCACGGUGAACCCCAAGGGAGAGCUGAUCCAGGAGCUCACGAAGAACCACAAGUCAACGUAUGACCGGCUGUCGGAGCUGGUGGAGCUGAUCUUCCCUCCCCUGAGCCAGACUGGGAGCGUUGCUCUGGUGUGUCCAGAGUACAGCCACUUUGCCUACUGGAGACCUCCACUGCCUGUCGUUGACUUGGAUGCCUUCUCCUGA